AUGUUGGGCCGGGAUUUCUUGUGUGAAAUUCGUUCCAUGGACACCGCAAACGUCGUGGAGGAUGUACAUAAUCGGCUUUUAAAGGUUCUCAAGGAUGAGUCGGCGCGCCCAACACCCUCAACACACGGUUUAUGUCAGUGCUCGGUGUUAUUUGGCGCGUUCUGUCGUCGAUUGGCGGUGUUAGAUGCUUCUGUGGUGAAGGAUGCUAUCAAAUACGUAGAGUCGCUUCGCUCAGAGCUGAUUCGUGUAGUUUCUCCUGUUCAGGAGGCGUCAUUUUUUGCAUAUGCGAUGGGUGAGAUAGAGGCAUUUUCAACGAUGCGACGUGUUAAAUAUCGUCAGCGCCUGGAUGAUCUCACAAAGUCUAUUCCCGCGUCUCGGUGGGAUGUAGAAAAGAUUACCGAAGUUAUGAGGGAUUUAUCUGCAACCUGGUGGCGUCCGGAAAACGUUCGCACCUACCAUGAAUUGGUCAAACGACCUCGUGAUGUUCUCGAUGCCAGUAGUGACGGCGUGCCAAUGGCGGUGCGUUGGCGUCUUCCGCUGCGAGAUCCCAUUUCUUUAGGGGCCAUAAUGAUUCCUGCCAGGGGUUCGUUGUGUCGGCACAAGGAGGUCUUUGACAUGGCGACUUUUGUGCGCGCCACUCAGCAGACAGUAAUGCGUCGGAGGGAAGUUGUGGAGGAAACCGCAAACCCAAGGUGGGUUUCUGGUGGCGAAGAGGAGUUGCCAUCGGCGGCGUGUCCUAUUUGUGGACGGGCAGCUCCGUUGCACAGCGUACGUGUGGAUGAACGUAUCAUGGAAGCCAUCCGCCAACAUGCUGCGAAAGGAGGGACUAUUUGUUCAGAUGACUGUGUCGUGUGGGACGAUUCCAGGUGCGCCUAUGACGUUGUGGAGUCCCCCACUAGACGUCAAUCUGGCGAGAGGUUGGAGGAAUUAAAGGAGAGGGAGCCCAACCGUCCGCUACGUGUGGUGCGCAUUGAGGGCCACGUGCUUUACGCAGAAGAAUGA